AUUUUAAAAAAUAAACAAAAAAUGUUAGAAAACCUUGUUGCUUGGAUUUUAAAUAAUUAUAUUGGCGAAUAUUUUUGUUUAAAUACUGAUCAACUUUCUGUUGCUUUUCUUCAAGGUCAAGUUGAUUUGGAAAACGUCCCUCUUCGAGCUAGUUCACUUAGAAAAUUUGACAUUCCUUUGCAAGUAAAACACGGAUUAAUUGGGAAAUUACAACUUCAAGUGCCUCUAACUCGAAUUCGUUCACAGCCAUGGAUUUUAAGAAUACGCGAUUUUUUGGUGCUUUUGGGGCCUUAUUCUUCUAAUUAUGAUGUUGAAAUUGUUGAACAAUUUAAGCAACAAAAUCUGGAAAAAAUGCUUGAUGAGUUGGAAAUUGAACAAAAGAAAAAACUCCUUUCACAACUUGGAAUAAAAUUAAAUGAAAAUGAGGAACAAAAUUCUUGGUGGGGAACAACUUCAAUACUUUCUACUAUUUCGUCUAAUAUACAAAUUCUAGUUGAAAAUGUACAUAUAAAAUAUGAAUCUACUGAUUUUAAUUUUGGAGUUCAAAUUGAUUCUUUGAAUGUGCAAACAACAAAUGCUCAAUGGCGUGUUGGCUUUGUUGAUCCAACAGAUGGAAUUAAUAUUUUCAAAAAAUUUGAUGUCAAAGGUUUCUCAAUUUAUUGGAAUCCUGAAAAUAAUUUGAAUGACUCUCCUAUUGUAUUGCCUUUAUCCUUGGACUCGUUGAAAGGAUUCUUUUCUUCUCCAUCAGAAAAUGUUUAUAUUUUACAACCAUUUACAUUAGAAUUGAGAAUGGAAAAAAAUAAUUCACGUUUUCCUUUACGUUCAACUCUAAUACCUCGGUUUAAGUUCAAUAUUCGCUCUCAAAGAAUUGAAUUAGAACUAACCCAGAAACAAAUUGCUCAAAUCCAACAAUUUAUGGAUGAUUGGUCAAUGUUUGAACGUGCCCGUCCACAUCGUAAAUGGCGUCCAAAUACUUCUAUAAUUUCUAGCCCCAAGCGUUGGUGGCAAUUUGCAAUAAAUCGCCAAUUGGAACAAAUUCGAAAUAAAAAUAUUUGUCGUGAACCAAAAGCUUUAUUUGCUCGUUUACACCUAGUCAAUACUUAUUGUAAGGCUUAUCGACACAGAUUAAAUUGUUUUUUGACGAGUCAGUUGAAAGGAUCUCAAAAUGUUUCUUCUCCUUCUUUUGACGCAAACAAAUUAACUAUAAAUGCUCCAAAAUAUUCACAUGAAGAAACAACAUUAAUUAAACAAAUUGAACAUGGGGCCGAUUUUAGUUAUACGGUUAGUAUUUAA